ACAAAGCCGUUUUAUGCCGAUACGACACAGGUCUCUGACGCCAUAUUGAUUUUUAGACGAAAAUUCUCAACCAGCCACAUUAUAUCGUGACUAUUUUCAGUCGCUGUUAAAGAAAUUUCUGAAUUUUUCUUUGAAGGAAAACAUUACAAAAAGGAAUUUACGAAAAUCUUUAAAUUUCUACGCUAAAUCUAAAAAAAACACACAUACAGGACCACACAGCAACAUCUUUAAACUAAGCAGCAGGAACAGUACCUAACAGCCAAAUAGCAACAUCCUCAACUACAACAACAACAACAGCAAUUUAAAUAAUAUUUGCAACUACAAGAACUAGAACAAAAACAUCUGGAACCAGAACAACUGCUGUCCACUGCGGCUGUUACACAAAUAAUCAUCUUUGUGUUACGAGUGUUUCCGUUCAGACUGGAUUCGUUAUAGAAGCUGUUAUAAAACAAAUUUAUCAUACUAAUUGAGGAAUUGUAUUGAACGAGAAAGAAAGAAAACAACCAAUCAAUCAAUCAUGUCCUCUAAAAGUCGUAUACGACGUGAUGAUUUCGAUAUAGAAUCCAUUGAAACCUAUAAUACGCGUGAUAACUAUAAAUCACGCUCAUCAGGCUCAAGAACACGUAGCCGUUCACGUAAAAGAUCUUACAGUCGACGUAUGGAUAAUGUAUCACGAUCGAGAAGUCGAUCCGUAGAAAGACAUAGACGUCAUAGACGUGGUGGUCAUGACUCACAUUCACGCAGUCGUUCAAGAAGUCGUAGUCGUGGUUAUUCCAGACAUAAUGACAGACGUAAUCGUACAUCACGUAGACAUCGUGAUUCAAGAUCAAAAUCCUAUUCCAGAUCUCGAUCCCGUUCACGUUCUCAAAGAGAUCGUCAACGCUAUAGAUCAAAAGAUUAUGAUGAUAAAUAUAGAAGAAAAUCUCGUUCGCAUUCACGUUCUAGGUCCAGAUCUUCAUCACAUUUUCGUGAUUUUUCAACAAAAACCACAAAAAAAACAAAUCAAUCACCCAGCCGUCAAGCAACGACAUCUUCGUCACCUUUGGCCAGAGUCCAGGAGGAGGAAAAUUGUGAUUUUAAGGAAACAUAUGAAAAUUUAGAAGAUUUACCUUUGCCACAACAAAAAUCCACCGAUAAGAAAAACGAAGUUAUUUACCAAUUCGAUGAUAAUGAACCCAUCGAUAGGGCACGCAUACACCGCGAAAUGGAGGAGAAAUUAAGAGCCGAAUUGGCUAAAGAGGGUAAAGUUUAUCCACCACCUAAACCGGAGGCCUCACAUCCUGUCUUUGCAAAUGAUGGUUCAUUUUUGGAAAUUUUCAAAAAAAUGCAAGAAGCACAAGCCUCAACCUCAAAGGCAGCUGCCGUUGGCGCAGCCACCACAGCUAAUGCUAAAACUCUCUUACCUAUUGUUCCCCCAAUAGUAGCUGUUGCCAACCCUGGCACUGCUCCCUAUUUAGCAGCCUCUGCUGCUGGUAAAAGCGCACCCCCACCACCCAUUGUGGGACGUCGUAGAGGUGGUAAAAUAUUAAAAACAGGUGUUGUGGCUAAGCCCAAAGUGCAAACAGAUGCCAAUGCUGAUCCUAAAGAUUUCUGGUCUCUUUACCUGGCUGAAGUUAAUAAAUAUAAGAAUACAGCUUGUGAAUCGGAACAAGGCAAUAGACCGCUUGUUAAAUAAAUGCCAAUACACUUAAAAAAAAACUUCCCCUAUAAUGAACUUCAACUAUUGAGAUUUAUGUCAAAAAAAUUUAAAAAAACAACAUUCUUAUUUAGAACUGUGCAUAUUUUUUAUAAUUUCCAUUUUUUACUAUGUUUUUUCUUAUUUUUAUCUCUUUGAUUUUCAUUUAAUCAAAACAAAAAAUAUCUUUAGUUUUAGGCAUUCUAUUUAUAGGAUAUAUAAUUUUGAGUUUAUUUUAAUUGAUGAUUUUUUACAUAUACAUACGUAUACACCCCUCAAAAUAUGAUCUAUUAAUUUUUAUUAUAUUACAAAUCAAGUAAAAACCCCUAUAUAGUUUUUAGUAUUGUAAGUUAUAAUCUAAGUGGCAACAUAAUUACACAUAAAUAAUUGAUGAAUAUAAAUUUAACAAUAAUAAUAUUUAAAUAUUAAA